CCAAUUUUGCCUCCAUAGUGAUGAGACGAAAAGAGCCUGAUCUGUAUAGAAAUGGGUGCACUCAGAGGAUUCGAGCACUUGAAAGGUGUCUGUUGAAUGAAAAAUUAUCUCCUUCGGGGCAAGUAGAUGAUACAAAGAAUGAAGACUCUAGAGAAGAUGAAAAAGGGAGGGAUAUGCACACAAAAGUUCCUCGACCUGAGGAAAAAAUCAAAGUAAUGCAAACUGAUGUUCAUGACAUCAUUCAAGCACUUCCCGUUAGUCAUUUUCGCAGGAAAAGGAAAAGAGCUGCUAGGUACAAGAAAAAUAGAGUUUCCUCAUCUACGGAUAUGCGUGAUCAGGUCAUAGCAGCAUGCCAAAAAUCUGAUCUACUGUGCCCUGAAAACUUUUCACAUGCUGUUGAUGAGAACCCUCUAUUUGGGGGAAAUUGUAGGAUCAUCAACCAUGAUGCUUCAAAGGGUUCUCGUACACUUUCCAUCCCUGGUUCACCUUCAAGUGCAGUGAAAGUAGUUACUGAAUCGGGAUAUGAAAAAGUUGACAAGGAUGAUUUCGAGUUUGUGAAAGCUUGUGAUCUCCAUAAUGACAAAGACAAUGAUAAAUUGCUGACAGACGAAAAAGAGUUGUCAAGUCCGGAGAGUGGAUCUGCUCAGAAUUUAGGGGUUGCAUCUUGCAAACUGGAUGUCGAGAUGGUUGAUGUGUCUGCUGUAAACUUGGAUGUUAAAGCGCCUGAAGUUACUGAAGGGUCUUCUCCUCAACCGGUAAAUAAUAAGUUUCUCAUGUACACUUUCAAAAGAAAGCGGAAGAAGGAUUCUUUGAGCAGCCCUGACAGAGAUUGCUCACUCGACAAGGACACUUCUAAAAGAAAGAUGGAGGAUAAACAAAAUGGUUCUAUAGACUCCACAUUGACAGCUGAAUCAUCUCGAGACAGUCGGCGACUAGCACAGGUGGCUCGUCAGAUCAUAUCAUUAUCGGAAAAGAAGUGGAGGUAGCGGUGCAUGAAUGCUGAACAGAAACAGCCUCUCUGUCUCCGGCGGCAUAUAUGUUGUUGAGCUGAUGUUUGUUUUAUUACAAGAUAGGUGGAUCAUGGAUGAAGAUGGAAGGGUUACUAUGUUCAUUACAAGUCAACAACGUUGUUGUAUGUUUUUGUGCUGUUUUGGUCUCGCUGUUAUGG